GAUUAUUAUUCAGUAUUAGUGAAUGAAAACACAUUUUCCAAUGGGAACACCAAAAGUGAUUUGUAUGCUAUUGUUAGCCCUUGUUGCAGCCAGCAACAUAGCGGAGGCAACAUGGUGUGUGGUGAGAAGUGGGGCCAGUGCUGGAGCACUGCAAGCAGGUUUGAACUACGCAUGUAGCCAUGGAGCAGAUUGUGGUCCUAUUCAGCCUGGUGGCUCUUGCUUCAAUCCAAACACCAUUCAAAAUCAUGCCUCCUAUGCCUAUGACAGCUACUAUCAGCGCAAUGGCAAAGCCCCUAGCGCUUGUAAUUUUGGUGGCACGGCCACCAUUGCCGUAUCCGAUCCCAGUUUUGGAAGCUGUAGAUACCCACCAAUUGAAAGUUUUAACAGUAUUGGAAGAGCAGAAGAUGCAACAAAGACGAAGUCUCUUACCGGAGACUCUACAAAUUAGGCCCAAGCCCAAAUAUUAUUGGGUUGAAACAGCCAAUGAUUCAAGCCCAUUUAGCGUUAGACAAAGACGAAAGAGUUUGGUUACUCUAUUCAUGUACUCUCUAUAUUAAAGGGCUGGAGGAUUUGUUGGCCUCCACCAAAGCUGUACCAAAAUUCCAAAACUGGGUUUAACCUAGAGAGUGGAAUAUAACCACCUAUAUAAUAAAUGCGUGUAUAAUGUAAAUAAAUAAAUAAAUAAUACAAUAAUAUUUUCCGACAACAAAAAAAAUAAUAAUAAACGACUUAGUCAGAGUGUUAUAGUAAGUAAUUUUUGUGAAA